AUGGUAUCCUCGUCUUUUGUCAAUCUGCUGCUCGCUCUCCUAGUGGGCGCUGCUUCCGCUAGCCCCACUCCGCAACACUACUCAUCAGCCCCCAGCUAUGGGUCCUGGGAUUUGCAAAAGUUCACUAGCUUGGUUGCAUUCGGAGACAGCUAUACAGACGAGUCCCAGCUAGCCUACUUCAUUUCGACUGGAGGCCUGGCCCCACCGCUCGGCUGGAUUGGUCCUGAGAGCAAUUCAACCUCCACCGGUGGCCGUAUCUGGCCUCGAUACGUGGCAGACUAUACCGGAGCAAACCUAUACGAUUAUGCUGUUUCAGGUGCCGUCUGCUCCAACAAGCAGGUGGACCGCUACCUGAGCUUGAUCAAUGCCUCCUUCCCCGACGUUGAAGGCUAUGAGAUCCCAAAGUUCCUUGCAGACAGGUCAUACACUCCCGCAAAUGGCACAUCUGCGUUCAUCGUCCCGGACACCGAGACCGUCUACAGCAUGUGGAUCGGCACGAACGACAUUGGCAGUAACGCCUUCCUGACUGAGUCUCAAACUCCUGGUCUGACCAUCGUUGACUACAUCAACUGCGUGUACAAUCAAUUUGACACCCUCUAUGAGAACGGCGCCCGCUACUUCGUGCUCAUGAACCUUGCACCACUGCAACUCGCUCCCGUCUACGCAACUCCUGAGAAUGGCGGUGUUGGCCAAGUACAGAAUCAGACCGAGACCAGCUACCGCAUGAAGGAGCAAGUGAAUCUUGCCAAUGCCGUGUACAAGUAUCAGACGCCGUACGAGCAGCUCGUCGCCAACCGCUAUCCUGGCGCGCACUUCGCCAUCUUUGACAUGUAUAGCUUGUUCACCGACAUGUACGAGAACCCGGCCGAGUACCUCAAUGGCACCGCACCGCUGAAUGUGCAGGGUUACAUUACGGCCAAUGAGUCGCUAUCGCUCAGCGACCGGGAUAGCUACUUGUGGUACGACGCACUGCACCCGAGCGAGCAGGCUGACCGUGUCAUUGCGCGCGAGUUCGUCGAUGUGGUUAAGGGUACCAGCAAGUGGGCGACUUACUGGUGA